AUGGUGAUUUGUUGCGACUGGAUAUCCAACUGGGUCCAGCCCCGAGAGUACUACCAACUCGACGUGGCUCUUUUGGGUCUAAGGAGCGCCGGUAAAAGCAGUCUCGUCGGCGUCCUCAAAAACAACACCUUUAGAACUGACACGCUGCCUACGCUCCGGAAAACCACCACCACGCUCCGUAUGCACAAUUUGGUCACAACACCGCCCACUUCAGCCCAAAUAUCCACCGAAACAACGCCCUUGCUGGACGCAAACACCAAACAACCCGCCCCUCCUAGCAAGCUCCUGCUGAAAAUCCACGAUCCCAGCGGACAGCACAAAUUUCAGCAUCUGUGGACCGACAUCAUUGCUAGUCCACAAAUAAGUCUUAUAAUUUUCCUUAUAGACAUCUCAGAUACACUCACCAUAGAGGAGGCAAGGACAAAGCUCCACGAAAUUAUUCUGUUCAACAACAAGCAUAGGAAGCUGCCAAUGAUCGUUGUAUGCAACAAAACUGACCUGGUGGCCGAUUAUCGCUACUUCGUGGCCAACAAAAAGACAAAGAACCUCAAGCUGAACAAACCGAUCCUCGGCUCUAACGAGGACGUAAUGCUGGAGUAUCUCGGUGUCGAGCGCCACGACACAAAACUCCUUCUCGAGGGCCACACUGAGCUGCUGUUCGACUUCAAGUUGCGGCUCGUGAGCCUCAAGAGCGCACAGACAGACCUGCAACACGACCUCGUGUCCUUGCUGACUAAGAGAUGA